GCUGGAUUCGCGCCAGUCGCUUUCACAGUGAUCUCACACUCGAAUGACGCAUGCCCUGUUUAGAUAUUUUCGAACGUUCGCCGGAGAAGGUAUAUGCAUGCUCUGGCGAUUCGCCCGUCAAUUUGAAAUACGUUUGCGAUGGACGAUUUACAUCAAUAUUAUGUAGUUAACCGAGAAAUAAAUGAACAAAACGAUAUACAUAUUACAAGUACCCAGAAGAUAUAUAAGGGACAUGCAAAAUCCAUUACAGUUUUAUAGUGAUAAUGAAUUUAGAAAAAGGUAUAGAUUUCGAAAACAAACAGUUAUUGAAAUAAUGUUGCCAGUAAUAUAUGAUGAAAUGGUGAAAAUUAAUCGACGUGGAUUACCGUUUCCACCCAUUUUAUGUCUUUUAGUUGCCUUGAGAUUCUAUGCUACUGGAAAUUUUCAGAUUGUAACUGGAGAUCUUAGAGGAUUUUCACAACCCACGGUUUCGAGAUGCAUUUUUAAAAUUUCCCGGUUACUUGCUCAGCUAUUACCCACAUAUAUAAAAUUUCCUGAAGGUCUCGAAAACCAGAGAAAGAACCAAAGGCUGUUUUACGCUAUUGCCAAUUUUCCCAAAGUAACAGGGUGUAUAGACUGUACCCACAUACCAAUAAAAAGUCCUGGAGGGAAUAUGGCCGAGGUAUAUAGAAACAGGAAAAGAUAUUUUUCAAUAAACGUCCAAGUAGUGGGUGGACCCAAUUUAGAAAUUUUCGAUGUUGUAGCUCGUUGGCCUGGAAGAGAACAUGAUUCGAUGAUUUUCAAUAAUAGUUCAGUGAAACACCGUUUCGAGAAUGGCAGUUUAACAGGAUUUCUUCUUGGAGAUAGUGGCUAUGCUUGUUUACCGUAUUUAAUGACGCCUCUUUUAAAUCCUGGAAUUGAACAAGAAGUAAGGUAUAACAGAUCUCAUAUUAGAACGAGAAAUACCGUUGAGAGAUUGUUUGGAUUGUGGAAAAAAAGAUUUUGUUGUUUGAGUCGGGGUUUAAAUAAUAAAUUGGAAAGAGUUCCAGAAAUAAUUGUGGCAUGUGCAGUUCUUCACAAUAUUGGGAUCAAAGUGAAUGAUGUAAAUGAUGAACAAGAUAAUGUGGAAGAAGAACUAGAUGAUAAUGAACCUCACAUACCGAAUCAAGCUCAAAAUAUUGGACAUAUUGUACGAAGAAGACUCAUUGAACAACAUUUUAAUUGAUUUCAAUUUUAUGUUACACCGUUUGGCGCUCUUUCACUUCGCUGUGUUGAAGUAAUUGAUAAAUAUCUACAAUUCUCCCUUUUUAAAA